UCAGAAUCAAUUAUGAGAUUAUUAUUACGCAAUUUUCACUUUUGCUGAAGUUGAGUCGUUUCGCCCAAAGUAGAGCAAAAAAUCAUCUGGCCGAAUUUGCCAGGUCUCUCAUGGCGGUUAUCAAGUCUUGGUAACCGAUUAUAAGCCAUUUGUGUCGUCUUUUUUAAGGAAAUGCUACUCAAACUAAGAGAGGUAAAAAAAAAAAUGAAGAUAAUGAGCAUUCUGGCUACCGCAUGCUGUGCAUGUGAAUCGAAAGUUUUUAGAUCUAAAUAAUUAUUGUCAUUUUUCUUUGUUCAGACGUGGAGUUAGGCCAAAAAAAAAGAAACUAGUUCAGCUACUCAAAGGUAUGACCUAGUCAGUACAAUAAUAAUGCUGGUUUUUGUUGUAGGUCUUGUGGACAUGCGACCUUUGGGAGGCAGGAAAGUCAGAGUCAAGAUGAAGAGCAGAAACAGAUGGAAACUCGCGUAUCACUUGUUCCUCGUUUGGCGCGAAUGUCACUCACGAAAGUGUAACGUUACGACCUUCGGCACGUCUUCGAACACGCCCCCGUAUAUUACCAGGCACCGCCCAUAAGAGUUCUAAUAUUGAACAACAAAGCAAGCCUUUUCCUGUUUCUUCAAAUACGCUUUGCUUCUCUGAUUGAACAACUCUCUUACUACUAGAUGGCUGUUUGAGGUGUCGAAAUGAGGCGAAACGAGAGGAGCAGGAUGCAAAAUAAUAAAAUGGAAACAUUUCUUAACGGCCGCACUUUGUCAAGUUCGAAGUAUGCGAGUAUUGAGGUAGGAAGGUGAAAUUGUACUUUGUACUCUUUGAAGCUUUUCUUUAUUUAGUACGGAAGGUUGGAGAGCAAGUAUUUAAGUGCCUGUUUGUUUGAAUUUACUGCAGAUUUCACCCGCCUUAGAGAGCUUACUAAAACAUGGGACUAUUUAAACUUGAAAUUACGAGCGUGCUUUCUCCAGUGUUCACAGGAUAUCGAACUUUGCUUCUUAAUAGGUUAAGCGCAUCCCGAAAUGCUAGUACACCAACCACACGGAACACACUCAGGACUCGAGAUCGCAGUUUAGCGACUUUUUUAAUAGUGGGUUUUUUCGCUUGAGAAAGUCAUACCACAAGACAAACCGUUUAACAAGGAGACUACCCUGUAAAUAUAUUCACUAUCGGAAAUCAGCAAAUUUAUUAAAUUAUACAAGAAGAACUGCUUAUGUAAUCUGUCUACCAACAAGCGUAACAAGCGGAGAAAAGCGAGGUUGUUAUUUUUCAGUACUGCUCCAGCAAGCAUAAGUUUUGCGUCUUCAUCAGGUGCUGCUAUUUACCCGAGUGUUCCUCAUGUACUACCCUUCAGAUAUUUGUGCGAUCAUGUCCUCAAUCACCCAGUAAAGCUCCAUCCAGCUUCGACAUAUACUUCCGUUUAGGCGAACCAAACUUCACUGACUAAGGUGAACUUAUCAAGGCAUCACCGACAGUGAAAGGAACUAUAGCUUUUUUUAGUCAAAGGAUCAGACUUCCAUGAGAUAGCAGAGGUCUCGUUUAAAGGUCUGUUCGCGGUUUAAAACAAGCUUGGAUGCCGUGCCUUAUAAGAGCCCCAUAACAGAAGGAAAAUUUGUGCCACGGAACCUGGCUGUCCGCGACCAAGAAAUGUAGACUACGUCUCGAUAUUUGACUCUCUUCAGCUCCAAAUUCAUAUCUUUGACGUAUGACAAUCCAAAGCUUCAUUUUCUGAAAAUUUUUCUCAUUUGCCUAAAAGCCCUUCUCAGUGAUUUUCCAACAAAACCCGACCUGCUAUUUGGCGUGUUUGGACAUGCCAAAAUAUUUCAGAAUCCGGUACAAAAGGGACGAAGAAUUGACGCAAUUAAUGAUUCUUUUGUUUUUGAUAUCUCGCACGUUAAAUCGCAGCACAACAAAAACAUAAAUGUCACUCAGUUUACUUGUUCAGUUAGGCCUUUAAAAAUGACUUUUUUUCAAAACUUUCACUUCCGACGACCUGAUCAAGCUAAGUCAGCGGGAAAGACCAAGUCUAUCUUCUCGCAAAAGUUAAGUCUAGUUCACUACGCCAAUUUAUAUUCCGUGCAAAACAACUUAUACCCGAAUGUAAUCUUUUCUGUACGUGACUAAUUGUUAGCCUUCAAAUGCAACAAAAGAGCUUUACAAAUGUUUUGCGGAUUUGGACGUGACCCUCUCAGCUACUGAUUCCCCAACUUUUCCAAAGUUCCUGCCGCAAUGCACGUUGCCCCUUUUCCGUUCCAUUUGGCAUCGAUAAUCCACCACUGUGUAAAACUUCAGGAGGACUGAAGAGAGAAUUUUAAAAAAGAAGUUCAGUUCGAUAAGAAUGUGAUAGAAAAAUCUAAAGAAACAAUGGUCCCGCGUCGAAAUAGUUUUAUCAAUUGAUUUGAUCAAUUAAAUUUUGCCACCGCCAGCCUUUUGUCGGAGCGAGCAGUCAAGGAAGAUAGACGGAAACUCUGCUUCCAGGGUCUACGUAAAGAUUGGUCCAAAUCAUCUGUUACAAAGAACUUAAUUAAGGAAUUUUAAUAGGUAAAAGAAUUGCAGAGAAAGGUGGAACAGAAAGGCUUUGAUUAGAGAAGAGCCCAAAAUAUUAGUCUUUACAAAUCGGACAAUUUGGGAGGGGAUUUAUUUCCGCUGACAAAAUGUGCGCUCCGAAGAUUAAUGUCGAAAACGUCGCUCAGUGAACCAACGAGUGCAGUGUUGUUUGUUCUUUAAUAUUUGUUAAACAUUACACUUCCGUUUUCUUUAUUAAUUCGUUUUGAAGUUUCGAUAGGGUGGUUCCCGAAUAGUUUGCCAAUCGAACUCAUCGUAAAAAAGGGACGAUGAUCUAAGGCAAGGUUUGGCCGAAAUUUGGGUUUGGUCAAAACAGAAAUGAAGCGAUUGAUAUUAAAACGGAAAAAGGUAUGACAUGGGCGAGGGAACAAAGAAAAGCCUUCAAAUUUGUCAUAAUAGCGCCUGUUCGGACUUUGAUCUUCAAACGAGAAUAGUUAAAAUUACCAAAAUAUUUGUAUGGCGCGGAAAAUUAUUCUUUGCGUGAUCUGAAACGCUGAAUGAUUCAGUUUACUUCGACGCGGGCAGUCAAGCUAUUCAGGCAAAUUAUUCGUCGUCACGUGUCAUCUUCUAUUUUGGCCUUGGCCGAAUGUAAACAAACGUUGUCCGCUUGGCGGGACAAAGUUCGUUUUCAGCCUCUGACUACACGUGAGUAAAGUUUAAUUCACGCGCCGUUCACAUGAAAGUACGACUGUGAUUGGCCGAAUUUUAAGGAGAUGUAUUGUGAUUGGUCCAACCCCCAAAUACGCCCUCUGAACUGCAUGAUCACAGUUGCUGAUCUAAGUUCAAUCAACACAAAACGAUAACAAAAAUCUCUUACGAAGCAAGUUUGAGUCAGAGUUUUGGAGAGAAUAUUAGAGAGAUGUAUGUCCUUCCCUUAUCUCCACCUACAACGCCUUCGUCGUCGUCUAAAGAAAUAGAAGUAAGUGAAAUUAGAAAAGAACUUUUGAAUGAAGAAAAGGUUUCAAUAACUAACAUUUUUAACCUCUUUGUGUUUACAUCAGGAGGAGCAAAUGUCUGACUCAGAAAGUUGUCAAGCCGAACCGAGUGGGAACGUCGAUUUGGAUGCUGUGCAGUCGCUUCUGGCAAUGAGUCAGUGGUCGCCUCCUUCUCAUGAAAGAAGUCCUAGCCCCGAUUCAGGUGUUUCGUCUAUCAGCAGAAAUUCGUCGAGCGCGUCUUUGAGCAGUACAGUCAGUAUCACUUCCGCUGAGGACGACUUGGAAAAGGUGAGAUUUUCGCUGUGAAGAACAUCAAAAAAAUCUUGUAUAUUUGCGGGUUAGUUGUUAGAUCUUACGCUUGUAAUUUAAUGUCAUAUUACAGUUUCCUAAUCGCCUCGUUUCGCCUAUUUUACAGCCUGAAAGCAACGGUAUUCGACCUAUAGCACCCGCAGACCUAGAAAGCCCGCGUAUGGAUAACACUGGACUUAGUGCGUCAAUCGCGGGAUCUUUGGGAGCGAUUUCUACCACAAAUACUCCAACGGCUACAGUAGCAAGCCUGCCUUUAAAAGUUUUCCCGGGAGGAGUAAAUGUGAACCAGGUUCUUUUGGCAAACGGUGGGGGAAAUCUACCAGCCGGUGCUGUGGUUGUACUUUGCCCCGUAGCUACAAAUGGAAGUACACCGACAACAGUUGGAAGCAUUUCCCAGCUACAAAGAAAUUUUGUGGUCACCCAAGCAGGGCUUAUUACACAGUUACAGUCCCAAAAUCAAGAGGAAAACAACAGUAAUGGAAACAGCCAAACAAAUCGAAGAAGAAAUCAUGUUUGUAACUUUGAAAACUGCGGCAAAACGUACUUCAAGAGUUCCCAUUUGAAAGCUCAUAUGCGGACGCAUACAGGUUUGUUCAGUUACAUCAUAAUGUAGACACANAAUAGAAGUAAGUGAAAUUAGAAAAGAACUUUUGAAUGAAGAAAAGGUUUCAAUAACUAACAUUUUUACCCUCUUUGUGUUUACAUCAGGAGGAGCAAAUGUCUGACUCAGAAAGUUGUCAAGCCGAACCGAGUGGGAACGUCGAUUUGGAUGCUGUGCAGUCGCUUCUGGCAAUGAGUCAGUGGUCGCCUCCUUCUCAUGAAAGAAGUCCUAGCCCCGAUUCAGGUGUUUCGUCUAUCAGCAGAAAUUCGUCGAGCGCGUCUUUGAGCAGUACAGUCAGUAUCACUUCCGCUGAGGACGACUUGGAAAAGGUGAGAUUUUCGCUGUGAAGAACAUCAAAAAAAUCUUGUAUAUUUGCGGGUUAGUUGUUAUAUCUUACGCUUGUAAUUUAAUGUCAUAUUAAAGUUUCCUAAUCGCCUCGUUUCGCCUAUUUUACAGCCUGAAAGCAACGGUAUUCGACCUAUAGCACCCGCAGACCUAGAAAGCCCGCGUAUGGAUAACACUGGACUUAGUGCGUCAAUCGCGGGAUCUUUGGGAGCGAUUUCUACCACAAAUACUCCAACGGCUACAGUAGCAAGCCUGCCUUUAAAAGUUUUCCCGGGAGGAGUAAAUGUGAACCAGGUUCUUUUGGCAAACGGUGGGGGAAAUCUACCAGCCGGUGCUGUGGUUGUACUUUGCCCCGUAGCUACAAAUGGAAGUACACCGACAACAGUUGGAAGCAUUUCCCAGCUACAAAGAAAUUUUGUGGUCACCCAAGCAGGGCUUAUUACACAGUUACAGUCCCAAAAUCAAGAGGAAAACAACAGUAAUGGAAACAGCCAAACAAAUCGAAGAAGAAAUCAUGUUUGUAACUUUGAAAACUGCGGCAAAACGUACUUCAAGAGUUCCCAUUUGAAAGCUCAUAUGCGGACGCAUACAGGUUUGUUCAGUUACAUCAUAAUGUAGACACACAGUUCAACUUCCCUGCAAGCUAGAACUUUUUUUAGGGAUGACUAUUUUUCGUGAUAUACAGUUUCAGUUCUUGAAUUUUUAAAGUUGUUUGCGUUGUGUGAUCGCGGGAAUUUUCUUUUUUUUUCACGUGGAUGACAUGGCCUGGACCACUCCUUUGUCGUGCCUGCCUUACACCCACCGAUCACGUGUAAACACGGAAAUUAGCCGUGAUGCAAUGUUUUAGGAACAUUCGCGGGAAAAUCCCGCGAUAGCCAAAUCCUCCGCUUUCCGAACUGGGUAAAUUUUCAGAUAAAAGUUAGCGAGGGUAAGAAAAUAAUGGUCGGUUACAAUUUUUCUUUGUGAAAAGCCUCAGUUACGUAAUAUGGCAGUAAUCGGGGCGUUUAGAGACUUGGUAUCGAAUUUCGCGUUUUACGUUUUUCCCAUUUUUGUAAAACACCUGUCCCCUCCUGCUUAGAGUUUUGACCUCAAGUGGAGAGCUUUUUCUCCUCACUCUACAAACCACUUGAAGUUACAUGUUUUGGGGAGGUAUUUAUUGGUAAAUUGAAUCGUAGUUUUUAUGUCUCCUUUUUCUUAUAUUGAAGUUUAAAUGUUUAUGAGAGUCCAGAAAUUAAUUUUCUUCUCUUUUUGUGCUUGUCAGGAGAGAAACCUUUUCCAUGCACAUGGGAAAAUUGUGACAGACGUUUUGCAAGGUCUGAUGAGUUAGCGAGGCACAGACGAACGCAUACAGGAGAGAAACGAUUUGCUUGUCCUCUCUGUGGGCGGCGUUUUAUGAGAUCUGAUCACUUGACAAAGCAUGCAAGAAGACACAUGACUGCCAAAAAAGUCCCAGGCUGGCAGCUUGAAAUGAACAAACUAAACCAGGUUGCAACAGGUAUGCAACCGUCAUCGCUAAGCAUGCCUAGUAUGGUGCUGGCCGCGUCAGGUGCUGCGACAGCCACUACCAAUACAAUGCCAGUGAAUUCAUAGUAUCUCGACAGAAGAGACUUGAAGAACUGUGUAUUCAAAGGCCUCGGGCCCAAUGAAAGAGCAGUGGUUGGCCAUGAACUUUGUGGAGAGACAUCUUCACAUGCUAGCAGAUAAUAUAGAUUCAGUGAUUAAUAUAUUGUGGUGUGACUGUGACUAAUAAGCCGUGUUAUAGACAGUGACUUGCUAGUCUUGAUCAUCUAGUCCUUCAGCAAUAACUACGUGGCUUUUGCCAUUGUCCAGAGUAUCCUGCUAGUAGUUAAUGUACAUCACACUCUUUUUCCCUGAGCUGGGGCAGCUUGGCCUAGCCCUUCAAAUCAUGACCAAAAAUAAAUAAAAUAUCCGUUGGUAGACAAAGGUUGUUUAAAGUUAAAGUCAAGGUUCAUUUAAUUUAUUUGCUGUAAAUAGUACAAAUUCCUUUCCAGAUGAGUAGUUUUGCUCAACUUGAUCGCCACAAAAUUUUCCCUUUUGGUUAUAUUGCUGGUUUUAAUCCAAAUAAUGUUAAAGAAUUCAUUGCCAGCUAGAUGCAUGAAGGGCCUCAGUUGAAGGUGUAUUUUGUUUUUAAAGAUUGUGAAACCUUGCUUCAGUUUUCUCGAUCACCCAACCUUCAAAUAUUUUAAAAUAGUUUUUCUUGUUUUGUUUCGUCUUCAAACAAAGUGUGGGCCAUUCACAACAACCACUGAUGUCCUUCAUGCAUCAAGCAACUCAAUUCAAAGUAAAAGAAAAAAAUACAACAGCCGAAACUAUAAGUGAGUGUAAAUUUGGAACAUACUGUAGAUAUAUUAAGUUUAAAGAGAGAUGCAGCAGAGAUUCAUAGAGCAAGUUUGAUGUUUAAAAUUUUGUUUUGUAAGAUUUAGAAGUAGAGGUUAGUAUGCCAGAACACAUAUUGAUAUUGAAGACUUGCUGAAAUCUUUUAUGAAAGCCGUUAAAUCCGCCGUUUUCUGAUAUUCAGUUAUUGAAGUAUUUAACCAUUUCAUACGUGUAAAUUAUUUGCAAACCACAUCUGCCAAAUUAUUCAUCAAGUGAACCGUUUCAUUGCCAGAUUUCAAAUGUUAAUUUAUAUCUUUUUAUUUACAAUUUAUCAUCAUGUUAUAUAGGCAGUGUUCUGUACAAAUAAAAUGCUUUAUUGAACAAAUCUGCGUCGUCAGUUGAUCUUCACCCGUUUAUUACAACACUCGAAAUAGUUUAGAAAGCAAAGUUAAAAAAACGCUGAAGUCUUGAACGGAGCAUGGGCAUUUCUUGGUCCAGAGUCAUUUAAUUGUUCAUUCCCAACUGGGUGAUUCUUGUUUCUCUUAUUUUAGUUUCCGCUGUGGCGAGGACAAUGGACUUUACUUUUACACAUUUUCAUAUAUUUCCUUUUGUGUCUCCAUCUUCAGAAAGGAAGAGCCCUCAAUUGCUUUGAUAGGUUACCAAUAUGAGCACCGCGCCGGUAUCGCAAUUAUCGUGGAUUUCAUCUUAGCUUGACAUAUUACCAGGCCUUAUUAAUGAAUUCAAUGAUAUAUCACGUGUUAAGUUUCUCGACAAAGGAAAGUUGCCAGUUCAUUGCAUUACACAGUGUGCUGGGUAUAUAUUACAGCCGUCAGCAAGACUCGUGAGUUAGGAACCUUGCAGCACUAAGAAGUACACUAUAAAAACACGACAAGAAAGUAAUUUGUAUUGCUCAGAGGAUUUCAUUUCACUGAAGGUCACUCUGAAGAAUGUACGUCAGGUCUAACAGAAAAUACCGCUGAUUUCUCUGAAGGUGCUCCUUGAUAGUGUAGUUUAUGUUGACAAGUAUUCAAACUUCAUGUUUUGUGUGAAAAACUGGAUGUUGAGCUAUAGAUGGCCUAUGACGCCCAAUUUUAUGUGGCAAUGAGUUCUUUCUCCUUGUUUUCUUCUGAUUUCGUGACUGACCAUCAGAUGGAGUGGGCGAGCGGACUUUAUCUUCGGCCGAAAAACGGAACAUGAAAAAGCAAAGACGUUUUCGAGCGACCCACGUCAUUCGGAAGUGAACCUUUCGCAUUCUUGGCAGUGGUUAUACUCGAAUUUUCGGAAAAUCCGCCUCUAUAAUCUUGAUAAGAAUUAUGACACUUAGCAACACAAGUUUUAUGGUACUCUCGAGGCAUCUAAAUACCGUAAAUGAUCUAAUAGACGCCCGGGGAGUCUAUUUAAUUUUAAGAGCCCAAGACGGGGCGUUAUAUAAAUAGACAGCCGAAGCGUUUAGAAGAGAGAGGUAUUUCUUCUCUUGCUUUCGGCGAAUAAUACACCACAGUUCUGAUAUCAGACUAUCCAAACUGAGGAAGAUGCAAUGCGCAAACCCUUGUUAGCAAAAAAAAAAAGAAGAAAAGGAAAAAAAACCGAAUUAAUUGAAUGUUUUUGCUUUACACUAUUUUCCUUUUAAUUUGGAGAAAUUAGGAUCUAUUGGACACGGGGCGCGGCUUAAAAGUGUAAGGGGGCGUUAGUUCAUUAGACGAAAGGUGUUUUCGCGUUUAUUUUGGAGGGUGUGCACGAUGAACAAUAUAGGUUUUUCUAAUUUCAAUGCUUUUUUAAAAAUUUCAUUUCAAUGAAAAAUGCGUUUUCAAUAACAGUUUUUUGGUGCAGCUUAUGGGUGAACGGAGGGGCCAUUCUCGUUCCUAGGGCCUGUCGUUUCUUUUGGGUACGUGGUGGGUGGUGGUCUGGAACGAGACAAAAACCUGAAUUUCCUUUCUCACUCCUAGUCGAAUAUUUUGUGUUCUUUUCAUAAAGAGAGGAUAACGGGCGUAUAAAAGGAAAGAGAAACACGUGUUCUGUACGUUUAUGGCUCUUUCUUUUUUUCCUUGUCCUCUCUAUGAUCACAGGAGCAAGAUGACGGUCCCCAUGGGUUCACCCAUAACUUGACCAACGUACUCUCCCUUCUUUGGAAAAUGACAUAGACGCUAUGAGGCAGACCGACCCGCUUUCCUACUUCCUUUAACGUAUGUGUAAGUACCCAGCAAACCUUCGGCAGGGCCUUGGCUAGCGUAAGUCUCCCGCAACUGAUUUAGAGGAAGAAACAGAAAGAUAAAUAAACAAAACUAAACACGUGUUUCUUCUUUUGCGCGGCAGCUAUACUACUGUAAGACUCUGUAUCAUUAUGAGCAGUUGGGCACAAUUCGCGGUGAUUGCAAGUCGGUUAUUUUUACUGUAGAAAACAUACAAACGAUUCUAAUUAUAGACUGGAUAAUAGGCUCGCUAAAUAAGAGAUCACACACCAUUUUAAGGUUUAUGCGCCAGUCAUGAAAAGCCGGCGUGUUAAACUGUUAGAAAGGUCAGUACUUUUUAAAUUACCUUAUAGCAUUUACUGUAGCUUGAAUUUUAUUGGUGUAACAGCAUUAACGUUGACUACUUUGAAGUGGGAUAUUACACCAGGGUAACCUGCGACCAGAUAUUACUGAGACACAGAGGAAAUAGGGAGAGAGCGUGAUCUCAGGCCAAAUUUAGGGUCGUAGCGUUGCCAUUCCCAGAACAUCAAAAAUAACAUCAGUGUUUGUUAGUGAUCAUUAGUCUGCUGAGCGGCCGCCUCUCAAGAACCGUGCGAGGGAUGGGAAGAGAUGAGAGGUAACCUGAGAUCAGGCGUUAUGAUUAUAAUUAUUUUCUUCUUCUUUGCUUCUUUGGCUCGAGAGGGAAAAUAAUGAUCGCAGGUUAGAUGAGAGGCAACUGUAUUUGCAGGCUAGUAUACUGAGGUGAUCCAGCCUAUCGUCCCUCGGAUAUGGGUUAGUUUAUUGAACUGAAGAACAUUGAGCAAGUAUAUAGCCUAAGCUCGAAAGGAAAUCCGGACUAGGAAAUGAAAUCCAGGCACUAAAUAUAAUGGUCGACUUAGCGGAAUGCACAUGUGAAAAGUAAUGAACUGCAGGCGUUUUAAUUAAUUUCUUUUAACAGGAUUUUAUUCAUUUUCGGAUUCAUUUACUUUGUCGAGCUGUUUAAAUUUUAUAAUAACUAUUUCCGGCAUUAAUGUCUUUUCGCUAAAAGUGAUCUAUUCGUGCCCCAAGCGGAAAUCAUUUUUAAAUGGGUUGUAUCUAAACACCCAUGAGAACUAGACCGCUCUUACUUGGUUGAGACGCCGGCACAUUUUUAAUAAUGCAUGAUCUUCGUUCCAUUCUGAGGCUGUGUGUGAGACUGGAUUGGUACUGUGGUCAAGACAAUGAGGUUUGCAACUUAAAAGUGACCCUUAAUGGGGCAAAACUUAAGGACGACACAAAAAGACAGGCACUCUGCAUGCACUUACAAUGAGGACAGAAAAUGCCCGCGUAGGAUCUGUGGAGAUAUUUGAUAUCAGCAGGAGCGAUAGCCGCAUCUCUGCUGGAAGACAAAGGCUUUUCUCUCUUUGUGUUGGUUGGAGAAAAUGAACAAGGAAAGAUAGGGUACCCUAUACUUUUUUUUUUUGCAUUGAGGGGAACUGGGAAUUGUAUGUUUUUCCAAGGUUAAUGGCCGCUUAUUCCGAGGAGGGUAGUUUAUACGAAGCUGUUCCAGGCUCCAAGAUAGCGGGGGCAACGGAUCGCCCCCCCCACCAAAAAAAAAAAAAACAGAAAACCGCGUGGACCGACAGCCUGGCACAGGCUAACCACACAGAUGUCCCAGGCUCAGUGACAAAGGUCCAUGAAAUUCAUCCUGUAAUCACAUUUCCCUCAGUGUACUUUUCGGAUAAGAAAAAUCGUGGUUAUACUUAGAAUCGUAGUAUAGAAUAGCAUAAAAAUCCAAAAUAAGUCUUUGAAGUGCAAACUUUGAGUCAAGUUCUCUAGUUCAGUGUGCACCAGUUCUGAUGACAGAUAAAUGAAAUAAACUCUAUCAUGCUUACAGCGCUUUUUUAUGGAAAAUUUCGCUUAAAUAUCCGCCAUUUCCCGGUCUUUUUGCAGGCAUUCAGGCGUUGCGAAAUUUUUUGCGAAGUCAACCAAUCACAUUGAAGGACUCACAUGGUUUCACUGCCAAACAUACAUGCGCGUUACAGGGCUUUCGAUGUGCGAACUUGUUCAAUGUCGAAGGGCUUGAUCAUCUUUGCCUUUUUUUCGUUACAGUUGAAACUCAAGCAGUCACCAUUCCGCGUUUAAAAGAGGGAAGACUUGUCUGCUGCGACCCGGCGGUGAAGGUAAGCCAUUUUUGCCUGAGAUUAAUUGAAUUUCAAGUGAGAAAGAUGCCAACAUAGUUUAGCCACGUUGAGCAAAACCGUCAAUGGCGGACUUCUUUAAUAUCUGGUAACGUUUUCCUUUAGGGCGGCCACACCGCGAAGAUCUUUUCCAACUGCCCGGAGGCCGAUUUCCUUAAAAAAGAAAAGUUUGAGUUCACCUUCAACGUGGAUUCAGACCCCAGCUAGCGUUUGCUAAGGGCGUAUUUGGUGGUAACAGACAA